AUGACGGAGAGAGGGUCGUUGGAAGAUCAGAUUACCAUGUUUAAAGAAAUAGUUGCAGCUUUGAAAACAUUGGAGGUUAAGUACGAUGAACAGGAUCUUGCCUUGUUUUUGUUGUGUUCGCUGCCUGGUUCUUAUGCGUCGUUUCGGGACACCAUCUUGUAUAGUCGAGAUAUUUUGACUAUAGACGAUGUCUAUGAUGCUUUGCACUCAAAGGAGAAGAUGAAGCAUUUGAUUGGAGCUACAUCAAGGGAUGGGAAAGCUCUUGAUUGUGAUAUGUUGCUGGCUAGAGAUGAUUUAAUUGCAAAUCAUGGAGCGCAACCUUUGACUUCAGAUGAAAUCAAUGUAGUUGAGAAUUUUUUAGAUGGUGAAGAUGUGAUGCUGACCGUGAUAUAUGAUGUGGAAUCUAGGCCUGGCGAGGAGUGGAUUCUUGAUUCAGCAUGUUCGUACCAUAUGUGUUCCGAUAGGAAUUUAUUUCAGACAUAUGAGGCUAUUCAGCAAGGUGGAAUUGUUCGACAUGUUCUAGAUUUGAAGAUGAAUCUCAUCUCGCUGAGUGCCCUGAGUGUAAAAGGGUAUAAAUUCUCUGGAAGAUGUGGAGUCUUAAAGUUUGGUACAGUUCCUCUUGUGUUGGGCUUUGAGUCGGUUCAGAACACUGCUAGGGAGAGCAUUGGUGAUUCCGUUUUGCCACCAAUUUCAACGAGUACACUGUAUGUUGAAGGAAACAGUUCCAACAAGAGGCCUUCUAAUCAAGCAUCUGGUUUAGUUCUUGCUAUAGGGUGUACUUCGACCCUAUGCAUUAAGGGACUCAAGUUUCUUAAUGAAAACGGUGCAUUUGUUAACAACUGUGUGUUUGAUUUGUCAUUUUUUGAUCACUAUGUGCUUUGUAAGCACCAUAGAACUUCUUUUUCCACAAAUGUUCAUAAAGCUAAAGGCAUACUUGAAUAUGCACAUUCAGAUAUAUUGGGUCCUGCUAGUAAUCCCACCUCAUGUGGAAAUAUGUGUUUCUUGUCUAUUAUUAAUGAUUACACGAGAAAAGAACCUGAGGUAGAGAAUAGAGAUGAAGCAGUGAUAGAGGAACAUCCUAAGGAAGAAAAUCCCUUAGCAGAAUACAAUUUAGUUAGGGAUAGAGAGAGAAGACAAAUGAGGGAGCCUAGGAGAUUCAAAUAUGAAUAUGAGCUAGCUUUUGCUCACGCUAGUUAUGAAGAGCUAGUUGAUAGAAAGUCAAAAACUUUUGAGGAAGCGAUGAAGAGCGAACAAUUUGAAGAGUGGUAA